AAGAAGAAGUCACUGCUCAUCCGCCUCCACUAGAGUUCAAGCAGAUAAGGGGGAAGCGCUGGCUUGACGAGGUGUAGAGUCGGUAAAAUAGUAUCCAAAGUAUCGUUGUUGUAGGCACUGGGUAGCCAACAUGGGGAUUCAGGAACUUCCUCGCUACACAUGGGGAUUCAAGGAGGUGAAAACGCCAGCCAUGUGGAAGGCAGUAAUUGGGGAGGUUGUCGGCACAGCUAUACUUCUUUUUACUCAUUGCCAACUGACACUGAGGUGGCCUCGCUUUCCGGAAGACGGUAACAUUGUUCAGAACGCUCUGGGCACUGGGUUCACCGUGGCGUCUAUUAUCGAGGGUUUUGGACAUCUGAGCAGGGCGGUGGUCAAUCCAGCCAUCACGCUGUCCUUCAUCAUCGCCAGAAAGGUGUCCCUCACACGAGGGUUCUUCUUCAUCAUUGCCCAGCUUGCCGGUGGUAUAGGGGGCACAGCAUUGUCUUAUGUGGUAACGCCUGCGGACAGACUUGGCAACUUUGGCGCAGUGUUUGUUCAUCCGGACAUUUCGAUGUGGCAAGGGUUUUUAAUGGAGACCUGUCUGACCUUCAUGCUGGCGUUCGUCAACCUUGCCGCCAUUGAUGAUCGUCUGCGUCCUGUGAACAUGCCCUCUGUUGCGGUGGGACUUCUCGUCUGCGUCAUGGUGUUCACUGGGGCCACCCAAACUGGAGCGUGUAUGAACCCGGCCGUUGCUAUGGGCCCCCACGUCGUGCUGAACCUUGACUGGAUGUGGGCACAACACUGGCUCUACUGGGCAGCUCCAUUCACGGGGUCCGCCAUAGCCACUGUGAUGUACAUGUUUUUCUUCACGUGGGGCGUGGAGAGCAAGGAUUUCCCAGCGGUGGACGGCGAUGACGAGGCUCGUGAGGCGAGAGAAGAACUUCUUUCCGAAAUCAUGGACGCCGUUUCCUCCACAUAUAAACAGCAUCAGGUCAAGAUGAGAAACAAGGCGACUGGCAAAGGUAAUAUACAGGACCAGGAGAGCAAUCUGGGACCCUCUUUCACACAGCUCCAGGACAUGAAUAGCUUCCACACCAAGGCCAACUAGCCACAAUGUUGGUUAUGGCGAGUCGGUAAAAAAUAAUUGGUAAACAUCGAAAGCAUGCAUGCCUUAUUGAGAUUGAGAGGCGUAUCAUUUGAGACAAGAAUUUACGUCUUUCUAGGACAUUUAACGACCUUAAGAACAAACUGCCUGCACAAUUUACUUCAAUCUAGAUUAUUUCACAACUUACAGAGCGAAUUGCCUCCUAAUGAUGACUCCUAUGGGAAUAAGUCGUAGAUAACAGUAACUAUUGUAGGCUGACCUCAGCAGGCGUCCAAUCAACCCCGAUUGGAAAGAAGUCGACGGCAGACGACACCUGGGAGAUCCUCUUUUGAUCGGGUUCAUUAGAAAGAUAUGAUCAUUAUAUUCUGGAGGAUUGUAGAAUAACCCAUGCUUUAAUACAAAACCGUAACUUAUUGUCGCCCAAAUAUUCCAAGGCACCAUCGAGCCAAGUCGAUCCACUACAAAAAGCUCGUAAGUUUACUGUGUCAUAGUGCGUAUUGUUACUUAUUAAAACAUAAUCACAACGAAUGUUAGACCUUUUCAUUUAUCGCUCAACUAAUUUACACACUUAUUAAUAUACUCGAUUUAAAUGCAGUUGGGCCAUUGUUUUAUAAAUAAAGGCCUCUGUGGUUAUUUUUUACUUAUAUGAAAAUGCAUUGUAUCGUCCCAUCACAAAAUUUUCUUGUUAUUUACUAGUACUAAAUCUAAUCAAUGUGUAGCUCAGUUGUUAUAAUGUAACUUUUUUGUAUAUGCGUUACUUGUAUUUACUUUACAUUUUUGUGUUUGUCCUCUAAAAUAUUGGUGCAAUAAAUACAUUAAAUUUUA